AUGUCGGCAAUACAAGAAAACAACAUAUAUAGACAAGCUCCUGCACACCAACAUACAGAACCCUACAAUACAAAAAGAGCUAAAACUACUCAUGCUGCAGUUGCACCACUCAAUACUAUUACUGACCCUUGGAAGGAAUUUGGGGAACUGGGUUUCUCUUCUACAAAUAUGGAUCCAACCUUACUACUAAGCAAAAACAAAACAAAUUUAAUUUCAGGAAGUUCCCGCACUAGUAACCCAAUACCAACUUUCCCAUGUCUAUCAGAACACACAAAUUCAUCCAUGGAACUGGAUCACGACAAACAGAAUCUUCCAGAACUGAUACUCAACACAGUUGUUCCACAGAAUAAACACCCAAGUCUAACUUACACCACCAAUAUUAACUCAUUUCGCCUAAACAGAACAAACGACAAUGAUGCAAUAGAAGCAGAAAAUAGUAACAAUAACAAACAAGAAAACUUAUCUUCAAAUCAAAGAUCAUAUAAACUAUUAGAGAAAAAGACGACCAAAAUUGAAAACCUUACAGAUAUUAAAUUAGAGAAAAUUACAGAAAAAAAAAUAAUACGAAAUAAACAAGCAAUAUUAAGAGACCUAAACAACAAGAAGAAAACUAUCUGGAAGGCAAAAAACCUAGAAAAACAACUAGAGCGAAAAGAAAAAAUAGAUUUUACAUUAGAAGACGACAUGAUGACAUAG